AUGCUGGAAAUCCUAGAUGGCGACUAUACUCCCUACCAGGGGUAUCAUUUUGACUGCGCCGCUGCCCAGGCUGAUGUACACCGUGGGGGCAGGAAUCGUCAACUGUCCAGAUUGAUUUUCAUCAUUCACCACAAGGCAGAAGACGAUUCCAACUACAGAUGGACAAAGGAAUGGCUUGAGAGGAGAUUCGGAUUUGAAGAGCAGGCGCUGCUUAAGGGCACUGGAUAUAAAAUGGGAGAAUGGUUAAACUCUGCUACCUGGUCCGCACCACCGGGUAUAUCCCCGACAGAGCAUUGCCAGAAAAUUGAGACAUCUUGUUACAAUACGACAACCCUGUCCGAGCGUUAA